UAUACUCUUCCUUAGUAGAUCAUACCUUACAAAAUCUAGAAUCUGACGACCCUAAUAUCUUUUCUCUGAACAUAGACCAAAAUAAAAUUGACAACCUUGUAACAAAACUCUCAAAUGCCAUUGUCGAAUCAGCCAACAUUGCUAUAGGAAAAUCCAACCGACCAAUUAAUAAAAAAAUAGUUCCUUGGUGGAAUGAGGAAUGUAAACUUGCCAUUAAAAAAUAUAAAAAAGCUCUGAACCGAUAUAAGAAAACUAAAUUGCUAAUCGACCAUAUUCUUUUAAAAAAAGCACGAGCAGAAUCAAAAUAUAUCCUAAAAAAAUGCAAAACUAGCUCCUGGCAUAAAUUCACAUCAUCUAUAAACAACCAAUCUCACUCAACUACUGUAUGGAAUAAAAUCAAAGCAUUUAAAGGAAUAAAAUACCAACAAAUACCUAAAACACUAUACUAUGAACACGGAGAUAACAAAUUUGAACUAUCGUCGAUUUCCGAAAUUGUGCAAACAUUCGCUACACAUUUCCAAAAUAACAGCAGCAACUCAAACUUCGAAAAUACUUUUAUCACCCACAAAAACACCAAAGACGAAUCCUUCAACAUAAAUGCAUAUAUUCACAAUAAUGAUUAUGAGUACAACCUCCCUCUUACAAUUAAAGAACUACACUAUGAAUUAACUAAAUGCUCAAGUAAAAGUCCUAGACCUGAUGAUAUACCGUAUGCCUUCAUCAAAAACCUAUCAGAAUAUGCACUUAACCACAUCCUUGCAAUCUAUAACCUUAUCUGGACAUAUGGUAUACUACCAAAUAAAUGGCGUGAAGCAAUUGUAAAACCAAUUUUAAAGCCUGAAAAAAAUAAAUUUUAUAUUACUAGCUACCGACCAAUAUCUCUCACCUGUACACUUUGCAAACUACUUGAAAAAAUUGUAAACAGACGCCUAGUUUGGUACCUUGAAACGAACCAUAAAUUUAUCAAACAACAAUAUGGCUUUCGACAAAAACAUUCAACAUUAGAUGUUUUAGCUACUCUACACACAGACAUAUGCGAAUCCAUCAAAAAAAAAAACCAUACCAUCCUUGUGUCUCUUGACCUGGAAAAAGCGUAUGAUAUGGUUUGGAAAAAUAGAGUUAUCGAUAUCCUAUCUAGCUGGUCUAUAGAUGGCCAUAUGUUAAUGUUCUUAUAUAACUUUCUUACCGACCGCACAACACAAGUUAAACUCGACAAUGUACUUUCUGAUCAUACAAAAACAGAGAAUGGACUACCCCAAGGAUCGGUAUUAAGUGUCACACUAUUUUUAGUUGCCAUCAAUGACAUUUUUAGCAACAUACAGAAACCUGUUAAGUACCCGUUAUUCGCUGAUGAUUGUAAUAUCUACUGCAGCGGAAUCAACACCAAAACUACUGUAGACCUGUUACAAACUUCUAUCAACUCACUAUUACAAUGGUCAUCUAAAACUGGCUUUAAAUUCUCACCAUCAAAAACCCAAUGCAUAAUUUUCAAUAAAAAGAAAACUGAUAUGCUACACCGUAUUCACAUCAAUAACAUACCAAUCGAAUAUAAAGAAAAUACUCGUAUACUUGGAAUGAUUUUUGACGCUAGAUUUGCAUGGAACACUCAUCUAAAAAAACUAAAAAUAAAUUGCAAUAGUAAAAUGAAAAUCAUUAAAACACUAUCUCAUUUCAAAUGGGGAGCUGACAAAAACAGUCUCCUCCUUAUCUAUAAAGCACUAAUAUUAUCUAGAAUAGAGUACGGCUCAAUCAUCUAUAACUCAGCUCAAUCUAACACAAAACAAAUCCUCAAUCCAAUACAUAACCAGGCAAUUCGACUUGCUAUAGGUGCUUACCGUACAAGCCCUAUAGACAGUAUCCUAUGCAUAUCAGGAGAACCCCCACUACAGACCAGAAGAAAUAAAAACAUCUUAAAAUACGUGACCAAAAAACUUGCCUUCCCAUACCAAACACCAUAUCAACUAUUCAAAUAUCCUGCCCAAAUAAGAAAACACAAAGGACCAACAUCAAUUAUGGACACUUAUAUUCGUAUAUGCAAGGAAUACAACUGUGAGUUCAAAAUUGAGACAUCAUUUCCUUUUUUAACAACUCCAUUCUGGCAGUACCACCCCAAAAUCCACACCCAACUAUCCCAUUUGAACAAAAACAUUACUCCCCACUCCACAAUUGUCUCAAUUUUUAAUGAAAAUAUAAAAUCCGACUUUCACGACUAUGAAUUAAUUUAUACUGAUGCCUCCAAAAAUACAAAUGGCACAGGAUGCGCAUUCAUUUCAGGCAAUAUAAAUAGACUUUACAAACUACCCUCAGAUGCAAGCAUUUUCACGGCUGAAAUCUUUGCUAUUAAAGAAGCAAUUACCUACACUGAAUCCUCCCUGAUGAAUAAAGUACUAAUCAUAAGUGACUCCUACAGUGCCCUGACUUCAUUAUAAUCAAAUAACCUGUCAAAUGAACUAUCCCUCCAAAUAUGCAACAUCAUUACUAACUCUGAUAAAAUUUUUGAAUUUAUGUGGGUCCCAUCACAUAUUGGAAUCAAUAGUAAUGAAAAAGUUGACACAUUGGCUAACCAAUCCAUAUCUUCUACUUUCUCAUCAAAAAUAAUGUCACUACCAUAUAAAGAUAUUUUAAAAAUAAUCAACCGAAUUUCCGUUCAACAGUGGCAAACCCAAUGGGAUGGUACUACCAAUAACAAAUUAAAAAACAUUAAAAAAACUGUCCAUAAAUGGCGUUCGCCUAUCAACCCAGCUCGCGUAAUAGAUACCCUUAUCACCAAAGUCAGAAUAGGGCAUACAAGACUCACACACUUUCAACAAAGAAGAACAACCGUAUUGCUCUACAUGUGAAGUUCCAUUGACCAUUGAACACUUAACACUCCACUGUCCCACAUACAAUGAUGAACGGAGUAUACUAGGCCACCCCAACAACAUGGAGGAAGCUCUGGGCGAAGCAAACACGGAUGCCAUUUACAGAUUCUAUGAAACCGCAAGACUUGUAAAUUUAAUGUAAAUUCAUAACAUUAUUGUAUAAAAUUUAAUUAUAAAUAUGUGUAUAUAGUUUAAAUCAAUUGAUUGUCAACUUAUAACUUUAAUUAAUGUACAAAUAAUAAUCAUGAAAAAAAAAAAACUGUAGGCUAAUGUCCAUAAGUUGUCGAAGCCUUUUCAUAAUAGAAAAAAAAAAAAAAAGUUACUCAAUAUUUUUUUGAAAUUCCAUUAAUAUGCAUUGACUCUCACGUAACCAAUUAUUUGAUACAAUAAUUAUAGUAAAAGGUUCUGCACAAUAAUUUAAUUUCUUGUAUAUGGUGACAUUGCAUUAAUACAGGUUUAAGUUAUCAUUAAAUUCCGAAGUGCACUAUCUGGCUAUAUCUUCGAUGUGCAAGCACACACAUAAUGUAAACAAAAGUGCCGCGGUGAUCUUAUUUUUGUUAACCACUUUUUGUUUGUUCUUUUUUACGUGAUUUGUGUUUCUAUUAGUAUUUUUAUUUUAGCAUCUUAGGUCAGCGGUUUGUCAUUCUUCAUUGUCUAAAUUUUUCAAAGUCAAACAUGUCAAAAUCAAAUAAUACAUUAAAUUAUGAUGUCAAUAGAAAGACAGAAAAGAAAUAACAAUAAAUAUGAACCAUGAUGAAAGGUUUAGGUUACCGAAAAAAAAAAAUUCAAAACAGUAAAUUCAAUAGGCAACAGCAAUGAUGAAGCUUCUGGUACAUGUACAAAAAACGGAGUCAAUGUAACCAAAUAGCCGUUAAAGCUGAA